AAACAAACUCUGUGAAAGAGGAAUCGGUAAAAGGUCAUCUGUGAAUUGUUUCUGAUCCUUUAUCAUUCUUUUAUUUUCAGGCCUUGAAAGAGGAUGUGAAUUCUAGAGCUCACCUUUUGGUGUUGUUUAAAUGCCUUCAUGACUUGCAACAACCUGGCUUAUACCAAAGAUUACCAACAGUCAAAUUAAAAGACCAAAAAAACUACUUUCAACAUGGAGGCAAAUGAUUUCAAAAAGUGCAAACUAUACAACAAGAACCAGUCCAAUCCAUUCCACAUUGAGGCGACUUAUGGCGGAAUCCCUCAAAAUCUGGUGACAAACCUCAUAAUUUUGUCUGUUCUCCUGGCCACAUUUCUCGUUCUCCGGAAAUCGGCAUGGAAACUCUUGAACAAGAUUGUUCGGAAAGAUGAUGUGGAACGAUGGACCCACAUCUUCUUUGCCUUCACGGACCAUCUCCGACACCCAAGACACAGUCAUCAUCGAUCUCAUCUGGAUGAAACUGAUGGUAACCCAGAGGCUAGUGAAGAAGAUCCGGUGGAUAGGGUGGCAUUGCAACGUCAAAGAUCAGUGGGCGACUCUCGCACCUUUGGAGAAUGGCUCAAGUCAAUUUUUGUUCUACCCGAUGAGGAUAUUGAGGAUCGUUGUGGGAGUGAUGCUCUUCAAUACAUCCGUUUCAUCCGUUAUAUCAUUUUGUAUCUCACCAUUGUGGGCUCCUUGGCCAUUGGUGUGGUCCUUCCUCUGAAUUUUCAAGGCUCAUUACAAGGAGAUGUGAGUUCUUUCGAGCACACCACAUUAGUCAACCUUGACCCAGACUCCGAGUUUUUGUGGGUCCAUGUGAUCCUCUCCUUUGUAUUCUUUCCCUUGGCCAUUAUUGUGAUGCGGAAAUUUUCUGUGGAUGUGGGGUUCCAGGAUGUGAGUCUGGAGAUCAGCCGCACAGUCAUGAUUGAGAAAGUCCCGCGAUACCUUUGCAAACGGGAAGAACUUGAGAGACAUUUUCAAGAGGCCUUUCCUGGAUCAGAAGUUAGAGAAAUGAAGUUUGCCUUCAAUGUGAACAGACUCCAAUCCAUUCACAACGAGCUUAUGGACGCCAGAUCCGGGAUGGAGUACUGUCAAAGACAUGAGGCCCUUGAAAGACCCUCAUUUCACGUUUAUGCUGCACCAUGCUCCCGAUGUUGCAUCUGCAUAUGUUGUUGCUUUUGCGCCAAACAGGAAGCCCUGGAAUAUUAUACUGAAGAGGAGAGUCGCCUACAUGCCGAAUUUGAAACUGAGAAGGCAGCCGCCCUUCAAGAGCCCUUGGGCAUUGUGUUUGUGACUUUUAAGUCUGUGAAUAUGUCCAAGAAAAUCUACGAUUCCCAUCGGAGGGGGUUCUUCACUCUCAACUUUCAACCUCCAAGAUCCUCUCUCAGCAAGAUACUCAAGCCACACCAAUGGAAAGUGACCUUUGCUCCUCCUCCUGAUGACAUUUAUUGGGAAAACCUCAGUGCUGGCCGCAGAUUCCUCUAUCUCAAAAAGAUCAUCAUCAACAUUGGCCUGUUUGUCAUCACAUUCUUCCUGACCACGCCUGAGUAUUUGGUUAGUCAAACGGAUUAUAUUAUCCAAUUCUUUGGCCAAGGUCUUCAACUCCCUGCAGCUUUGGUAGAAUUCAUCCCCACUCUCAUGUUAUGGGGAUUUACGGCCUUUAUGCCUCUGCUUGUAUCCUGGAGUGAUCGGUUCCUUGGCCAUUGGACACGGUCAGGAGAGAACCACGCCAUCAUGAAGAAGACCUUCUGGUAUCUCCUCUUCAUGGUUGUUUUCUUGCCCACUUUCGGCUUCACCACCGCCCAAGCCAGCAUCAACUUCUUGUUCACUGAAAAUAAGAAUGACACUUACCGCUGGGAAUGCGUGUUCCUCCCAGACUCCGGCGCCUUCUUCGUCAACUACAUCAUCACAGCAGCUUUAGUAGGAACCGGUUUGGAACUAGUUCGAUUCCCGGAGUUGUUGUUCUACUGUUUGCAAGUGUGCUGGUCCAAAUCCGAGGCCGACAUUCCUGCCAUUCAAAGGGCCAUGAAGUACGAGUUUCGCUUUGGUGAGCAAUAUGCCCGGAUGAUGCUCAUGUUUUGUAUGACCAUGAUGUACUCCCUCUCCUGUCCACUGAUAGUACCCUUCGGGUGGCUCUAUUUCGUCAUGAAGUAUUUUGUGGAUCGUCACAACCUUUUGUACGCGUACAAGCCAUCCAAGAUCAACAAAGGGGUCCAUUCCACAGCCAUCAGCUUUGUGAUCCUCUCCACGUUGGUCCUGCUGUUUUUCAUGAUGGUGUUCACCGUCAUUCGAAGUGGAGGAUUGUCGGAACUCACCCUCAAGUCCAAAGCUGAGAUUGUCCUCUUCCUUCUGGCGGUGAAUAUCUUUUCGGCUCAGCUGUGGUCCGACACGUGCAAGAAGUUCAGUCCAAUUGAAUAUUUGGAAUGUACGUACUUAAGAGAGUCAGAGCUGCACAAUCGAGAGCACAUUUACUUGCCAGACAUUCUGAAGUCCACGAGUGAGAAAUACCGCCAAAAGGAGUCCGACCUUCGAGCGGAAGAGGAAGAGCAAGCCGCGAAAUCCAUGGCAUCACAAGAUUCCCGGAUUCAAAUCAUUCAUGAUGAACAUGGUAUGAGUGACAACGAAAUGUGCAUGCACCUCCUCUGAUUCAUGCACUAUGCAUCCGUACAAAAAGGCACAAAAGGCAAUGUUCGCGAAAUUCAAGAGGUAUCGUCGGAUGAAAACGUUGAAACUGGAGAUCAAGCUAUUUAAUCCAAGAGUAUAUAAGCCUAAAUUUGUCCCUGCAAUAGCUUAGUCACAGCUUGAAGCACAACCAUCACAUUGUAAUGAUGCUACAGAUAUUUUUUGUCGCCGACUUUUCUCAUCUCGCUCUUUCUAGAAACGUUCUUUCUUUCAAGUUCAUGUUAUCAGCGAAAAAGUGAAUAAAAAUUGGGUUGCUAA